CGGGGGCAGACCAACGCCCGAACCUCGUCGGUCUUCGCGAGUCUUGUGCCGAUUCGACUCGCGAUUCUACUCUCUUCUACGGGGGUUCGAUCCCGGCAACUUUUCGUCCGGGAAUACGCGGGAAAGUGCUCUCUUCUGGUUUCCUCUGUGUUAUGUCCCGCGAAGACCCUUCUUCUUUCCUCCCUUUUCUUUUCCCUUCGGCGAAACCCAGCAGCACCCGGGGCACAACGAGAGAGAGAUAGAGAUCUCUCUCCCUUUCUCUUUACAUCUCUUUUUUCCCCCUCUUGUUCUUCUCCUUCUUUCUCUUUUUCCGUUCACGUGUCACGUGUAUAUCUACCUUCCACCCUACCUAUACUCUCUCGGCCGUCUUUUUCGUACGCUCUUGGAUCCCGUCUCCCCCGGUACGUAAAACCUCUCGGAGAUAUCUUCUCCCGGCGGUCGUGGCGGAAAAAGAAACCCAAUAUUUCAUGGAGACAGAUCGUUAUUGGGGCGUGCACUACAGCGGCGGCAUGGCCGGGCAGCACUACUGCCUGCGCUGGAACAACUACCAGUCGAACAUGACGUCCGUGUUUCACCAGCUCCUGCAGACCGAAGCCUUCGUCGACGUCACCCUGGCGUGCAACGAGGCCUCGUUAAAAGCGCAUAAGGUGGUGUUGUCGGCCUGUAGUUCCUACUUUCAAAAACUUUUGCUGUCGAAUCCAUGUAAACACCCGACCAUCAUCAUGCCGCAAGACGUGUGCUUCAACGACCUCAAGUUCAUCAUCGAGUUCGUCUACCGAGGGGAGAUCGAUGUCUCACAAGCGGAGCUUCAGUCGCUUUUGAAGACGGCCGACCAGCUGAAGAUCAAGGGCCUGUGCGAGACGGAGAACAGGGACGGUCCACCACCCGUGAGCCUGAGCUCGCCGCCGAGGGAGUCCGGCACCCCAAGGUUGAACUACACGAAGCUGAAGAAGCACCAUCAACGGUACAAGCGACCCAGAACCGAGCGGCCCACGUUCGAGCCGCGCGCAACCGAUCCGAGACACUACGAGCGCUACAAAGAGGAAGAGGCGAUUACAAUCAACGAUUAUAGCCGCGAUAACAAAGAGAACCACCGGGAUUGGCAGGCCGAAGAUGAAGAGUGCACGGAGACAGCAACAGCAGCAGUAGCACUGGAAACUUGCCAACGUAACAACAACAACAACAACGGUAACGGCGCGAGUAACAACAAUAACGGUGACAUGUUCUGUCACACAGGGCUAGGUCACUAUGGCCACCAUCCGGAUCCCGGAGAGGUCGAUUUACCCCCCGAAACCCAACCCACUCCACCCAGCGCCACCUUGGUCGGCACCACUAUUACCCAUCUAAGAGAUCCGGAUCAUCAUUCUACAGAAAUUCAGAACUGCGACAGCGAAAUCAAGAUCAAGUUCGAGACGUUGCACACGAUGGACUCCUCGGAUACGAUCGACAUAGACAGCCACAUGUCAGAUCGGGCUAGCGUGAGCUCGAAGAACGCCGCCGACAGCGACAACAUGAUGAUGAUAACACCGGAGCUGCUUGGAUUGAUGCCGUCGGGAAGUUCUGGCCAGUCGGACUCGGGCGACAACAAUUCGAGGGGGCACUCUGGACAGUCUAGUUCGCAUCAUCAUGGCUCGAAGUCGUGGACGCAAGAGGAUAUGGACGCGGCUCUAGAUGCAUUGAGGAAUCAUAAUAUGAGUCUGACAAAAGCAUCGGCAACGUUUGGUAUUCCUUCGACGACUUUGUGGCAACGAGCGCAUCGACUGGGCAUCGACACGCCGAAGAAGGAUGGUCCCACGAAGUCCUGGAGCGACGAAAGCUUGAACAAUGCUUUAGAAGCUUUACGUACUGGUACCAUUUCGGCUAAUAAAGCAUCCAAGGCGUUUGGCAUACCUUCUAGCACAUUGUAUAAAAUCGCAAGGAGAGAAGGCAUCAGGCUGGCUGCCCCGUUUAAUGCAAGUCCUACGACGUGGACACCGGCUGAUUUGGAUCGUGCUUUGGAAGCGAUAAGAUCCGGCCAAACAUCCGUGCAGAGAGCAUCGACAGAAUUCGGCAUACCUACGGGGACGUUGUACGGAAGAUGCAAGCGAGAAGGGAUCGAACUCAGCAGGAGUAAUCCCACACCAUGGAGCGAGGACGCUAUGACUGAAGCUCUCGAGGCUGUCAGAUUAGGACACAUGAGCAUCAAUCAAGCAGCGAUCCACUACAAUCUGCCGUAUUCGUCAUUGUACGGGCGUUUUAAAAGAGGGAAAUACGAAGAACCCGUCGUUGGCGACAUCUCGCAGGAUGGUAGCAGUCCACACUUUCAUCAAAGUCCCAAUCAGAAUCACUCGUCCGCCCUUCCAGAUCAAAUGCCUUAUCCGGGCAGCUGAAACUUACCUCUUUACUAGAGUAUUAAGUUAGCUUAAGUUCCGAACUUUUCGAUUCGUCGCUGCAGCUCCUCAAAUUCUUUAACAAACACGCGAAGGAAGAAAUUCUAUAAAGAGAUUAAAGAUCGAUCGGAGAAUUGCCAUUAUAAAAACACACGUUAUAAUAGCAGAGGGCAAGAUUUACCCGCAGUAUUAAAGGCGGAUCGCCGUAAGCGAGCAUUAUGUACAUUGUAUGAUUUUUACGAUGGAACAAGAGAAAACUUAGGUUACGCUGUAAUAAGAAUUAUUUAUAAAGAGAAACAUACUGUACAGAGAGACGCGGAAUAUCGCUCCCCAACAAAAACUACUUUUAGUACCUAAGUUAGUUGAUGAUGAGAGAUGAUGAAUGAGAAUAGAUAUUGACGGGCAACAGUAUCCUGUUGAUUGAAAUCAUGUCGCAAGAGAUAAGUAACAUUGUUUGUCUACUUGUCAUGUUGUGAUUAAAUCAUUAUAGAAUUUAUAGCAACGGCAAUCGUGAAGAUGCUUUCGAGACUCGAGCCUAUAUCUUUGCAAGACAACAAUACUGAGUUAUCUCUUAUUCUUGAUUCUCGGAUUGAAGAUUUUUUUGCAUAAUGAUUUUACAUAAGGAUACAUUAAUGAGCAUGUGUCGAUAGAGGAGAGAAUGUAUACAUAUAAUUUUAGUGCUAUCCACAAAAAUUUACAUAAUGACGAAAAGUGGCGUUAUUUACAUGUACGAAUGAAUAAAAUAAGGCGAUAACAGCAUAAAA